CCUUUCUACCUGGUGAUGGAGGACGACGGUUCAGCCCAUGGGGUCUUUCUGCUGAACAGCAACGCGAUGGACGUGCUCCUGCAGCCCAGCCCGGCCCUGACCUGGCGCACGACGGGCGGGAUCCUGGACUUCUACAUCUUCCUGGGCCCCGACCCCAAGAGUGUGGUGCGGCAGUACCUGGAUGUCGUCGGGUUCCCCUUCAUGCCCCCGUACUGGGGCCUGGGCUUCCACCUCUGCCGCUGGGGCUACUCCUCCACCGACAUCACCCGGCAGGUUGUGGCCAACAUGACAGCAGCCCGCUUCCCCCUGGAUGUGCAGUGGAAUGACCUGGAUUACGCAGAUGCCAAGAGGGAUUUCACCUUCAACAAGAAAAGCUUUAAGGACUACCCGGAGAUGGUGCAGGACUUCCACCGCUGCGGGCUGAGGUACAUCAUGAUCGUGGAUGCUGGGAUCAGCAGCUCGGGACCCCCUGGCACCUACAAGCCCUACGACGAGGGACUGAAAAGAGGGGUGUUCAUCCGAAAUGCCACAGGACAGCCCCUGGUCGGGAAGGUCUGGCCAGGCCCAACCGUCUUCCCGGACUUCACCAAUCCGGAGACUCACGAGUGGUGGCAUGACAUGGUGAAGGACUUCCACGACCAAGUGCCCUUUGAUGGCAUGUGGCUUGACAUGAAUGAGCCGUCGAACUUCGUGGAGGGCUCCCAGGAUGGCUGCCCCCAAAACAACCUGGAGCAGCCCCCCUACGUGCCAGGCGUGUUCGGGGGGCGCCUGCGGGCCGGGACCAUCUGUGCCUCCAGCCAGCAGUUCCUGUCCUCCCACUACAACCUGCACAGCCUGUACGGGCUCACCGAGGCCAUCGCCUCCCACAAUGCACUGCUGAGGGUCCGGGGCAAGCGCCCCUUCGUCAUCUCGCGCUCCACGUUCGCUGGGCACGGGCGCUACGCCGGGCACUGGACAGGGGACGUCGGCAGCAACUGGGAGCAGCUCUACUACUCCAUACCAGAGGUGCUGCUCUUCAACCUGUUCGGGGUGCCGCUGGUGGGUGCCGACAUCUGCGGCUUCGCGGGCGACACGUCCGAGGAGCUGUGCGUGCGCUGGACACAGCUGGGCGCCUUCUACCCCUUCAUGAGGAACCACAACGACCACGGCACCCGGCCACAGGAGCCCUACGCCUUCAGCCCGGCCGACUCCACCAUCCACAGCAAAGGGCAGUGGAUCCUCCUGCCAGCACCCCUGGACACCAUCAAUGUCCAUGUCCGUGCAGGGCACAUCCUGCCCCUGCAGGAACCCGCCUUCAGCACUGCCCAGUCCCGCAGGAGGGGCAUGGCCCUGGUCGUGGCACUGACCCCGGACGGCUUCGCCAGGGGAGACCUGUUCUGGGAUGAUGGGGAGAGCUGGGAGACCUUUGAGAGGGGGGACUACACCGAGAUCCUCUUCCUGGCCACGCACGGUGCCGUGCUCAGCCAGCUGCUGCGGGGGAGCCCCCACCUCGAUGGGGUCCUGCUGGAGGCUGUGACUGUGCUGGGGGUCUCCAGCCCUCCCCGGCAAGUCCUGGCCAACGGUGCCAUUGUGAGUGACUUCUCCUACCGCAGUGACACCCAGGUGCUGAGAGUCCCUGUGUCACUGCCAAUGUGGGAGCAGUUUGUGAUCUCUUGGUCCUGAGCUACUACUGGUCACAGGGAGAGGCCACGCUGCUCCCCCUGGCUCUGGGGCUGAAUCCAUCCCAUCCCUUGACAACCCAGAGCUGCCACUGCUCUUCCCACACCACAACCCAGAGCUGCCACUGCUCUUCCUACACCACACAGCUCCUGGACUUCAGCUGCCGUGAGGUGAUGGAGGUGUGUGCACUGGACUGGCACGGGGAGGGGGGGACUUGCACAACCCCCGGGGACAGGGAAAACAUCAUCCUCAAAUCAGGGAAAAAAAGACCCAAGUGCCUUGUGAGACAGCAAACCUGUUUCUGUGGGGGACUGGUAACCUGUGGGGGGCCUGUGGGGAGUCUCCUGGCUGUGGUUUUGGGGAGGGGGAUGUGCAGGGGGGAGUGAGCAGUGCUAUGAAUAAAGCUGCUGUUUGCUGGGAGCA